AUGGCCUCGGACGCCUCUGGCUUCGACAUGUCCGACAGCUUCGGCCCUCAGCGCCCCAGCUUCAACAUCGGAUAUCACGACUCGAACCGCGAUGAGCCCCUCACCGACUUACAGUACGGCCAUCUGCUCAACCAUGGUCUGGCCUUUGCCACGACUCCCAUCACCAACACUCACUUCCGCGAGCGAGUCUUUGCCCUCGUGAGUGAGCAUCUCGCCGCCCUCUCUGACAAUGGCGAGAAUGCCACCACUACGGCGACGGGCUCACGGGCUGAGCCUAUCCUGCCGCCUCUGACGCCCAAGGAUACCAGCAUGUUUCCUUGCGCUGCUGUCAACACUUACACGGCAGUCAUCAGCCCUUGGAUCGACCUUGGCUCGGCCAACCCCAUCAUCUCGAACAUCUCCCGCCAGGUUCUGAAUGUUGAAGUUAACUACGCCAACUUCUGUGGUGUUCGCAGCAUCAUCAUCCCUGGACCUCGACAGGACGCUUCCAUUGAUGGUGGAAACCAGAGUCUUGCGCAGUAUUCGCGUGCUGUUGAAGAGGCUCUCACCAUUGGCAACCGAUUGACCUUUUUGAUCCACAUGCCAAUGUACCGGGAGCCCGAGGUAGAGUCUCAGGGAGUCAGCAUCUCUUCUCUUGAGGUCAAGACCCCUACCAAGACCGAGGAAAAGGAGAUCGACCUCCUUGCAGCGUGGGAUUCGUGGCAUCAUGUUCGCAGUGUCUGCAACUACAACACGCGACUCUUUGUUGCUCUGCAAAUACCUCGUGUCAUGCCUGAGAAGGACCUCCAGGACCGCUGGUUCGCUGAGCCUCUUCACUACUUGACCAUCAACCCAGGAGUUUUCCAGGCCAACAAGGCCGGCUACCCCUCGCUUUCCAAGCACCACCAGAACCUGUUCUUCUCGUAUAUGCGACUCAAGAAUGCGCCCUGGAUUCUCCUGUGCGAUGCUGGCCCUGACGUCUCUCACAUUAAGGGCGAACCUCACUCUCUGUUGGCCUCUCACGAUGACUUCCCAACCCUUGCUGAGGCAGAGUCACAGAACCAGACUGCCAAGACCGCAAAUUUCCAAGUAAAGACUAACGACUACAUCUCCUAUCUGAGGUGGCUCGAGUCUCAGCAGCCCGAGUUCACCUACCUUGAGGGUGCCACAUUGACCAGCUUCCAGGACUGGCUCCAGUCUCCUCUUCAGCCUCUGUCGGACAACCUCGAAUCGGCUACAUACGAAGUCUUCGAGGGAGAUCCCGUCAAGUAUAGCCAGUAUGAGGUUGCCGUGUACGAGGCCCUGACGGAAUGGAAGGAGCUCAACAAGCCUACUUCUAAGGAGGGCAAGGUUGUUGUUGCGGUCGCCGGCUCUGGACGCGGUCCCCUCGUCACUCGCGCCCUCAAGGCCUCCAAGGAUGCUGGUGUUCCCAUCGACAUGUGGGCUGUUGAGAAGAACCCCAACGCAUAUGUCUAUCUGCUCCGUCAGAACGAACUGGUUUGGAACGGUGAGGUCAAGGUUGUCAAGACGGACAUGCGAGCCUGGAAGGGUCCUAUCGUGUCUGAGACUGAAGAUGGUCCUGUCUAUGGCAAGGUUGAUAUCCUCAUCUCGGAGCUUCUUGGGUCCUUUGGCGACAAUGAGCUGUCACCUGAGUGUCUGGAUGGGAUUCAGCAUGUCAUCUCUACGCCUCAUGGCAUCUCCAUCCCCAGCUCUUAUACUGCACACCUGAGCCCCAUCUCAACCCCAAAGAUCCACGCCGACAUUCUCUCGCGGUCGCCUGGAGACCCCAACGCCUUCGAGACCCCCUGGGUUGUCCGGCUCUUCGCUCUUGACUUUGUGGCUGAGAAGGUACCCAACAAGCCUCGGUUCCAGGAGGCAUGGGAGUUCGCGCACCCCAUUCCAGAGUCUACCCUCGCUGCUCUUGAGGCGAAGCGAUCCGGCGGUGUUGUUGGUGGUGGUGGCGGUAGCAUGGCUGGUGCUGCUGGAGCCAACGAUCACAACUCACGAUACUGCCACCUCACGUUUGUGUGCCGUACACGAGGUGUCACUCAUGGUCUCGCCGGCUACUUUGAGUCUACUCUAUAUGAGUCGCAGAUCCCUGAGAACAAGGGCGAAAAGAUUGAGAUUAGCACGCACCCUGAGCGUAUCGACCGCAAGAGCAAGGACAUGAUCUCAUGGUUCCCCAUCUUUUUCCCGCUCAAGAACCCCCUUUACUUCCCCGCUGAUACCGAGCUUGAGGUCAGCAUGUGGCGACAGACUGACGAUACAAGGGUGUGGUACGAGUGGCUCGUCGAGGCCUUCACCUGGGUUGGUCCUUCGACGCGCAUCAAGGUGGCCUCGUCCGACCUUUGCAGCAGCCGCAAGGUAGCAUGCCUCAUGUAG